AUCGGAAUGGAAUAAAUGGAGGGCAGUGGAUCAUUGGAUGGAGUUUAUAGUGCAGAAGGAAAGCUUAUGUGAAGGUUGGGGUAAUAAUUUGAAAAAAGGAUUUGUCCUGAAAUUAUAAUUUUUAAUUUUCUUUAAAACUUCAAUCAUGCAUUGCGCUUCACGACUUUGUGAAUUCGAUGGUCAACCUGAACAACUUCAAGAUCAAUUUACAAAAAAUGAAAGUAAAGAUAGAGUCAAAAGUAGAGUGAAGCGAAUCAUUGAUGGCAAUGGUAGAAAAAGACGCAUAUAUAGUGACAUCCACCACGAUCCCAAGCAAAGCAAUCGCAGAUUUCGUGCAAAUGAUCGCGAAAGAAGGCGAAUGAAUUCAUUAAAUGGCGCAUUGCAAGCUCUGAAAGGGUGUGUACCGUUAUAUCAUGGAAAGAAGCGUAUGACAAAAUUGCAAAUUUUACAGUUUGCUUGCCACUAUAUUACCGAUUUAUCAAAUAUUCUCUGUUCGUCAACUCCUGUUGAAGAACAUAGUCAGCAGUAUCAAUCUAUGGACUUUCUGAUGGCUUUAAUGAAUGAACAAUCUCAUAGAGACAUGAUGGGUGAUAGUGUACCAACAUGUAUCAACGGACUAAACAUUACACAGCGAGUAGAUUAUAUCAAUUUUCAUAAUACAAGUAAUCAAAGCUGUGAUUCAAACGCAAUACCGUCGUUUCAACCGGUGAAUGAAAUGUAUCCGGUGUCAAAUAUUCCUCAGGUGUUGAUGGAUACUUUCUACUAAUGAAAUGCAUGUGUUACAUUCGAUUUUUCAGAAUGUAUUGCUAUUUUUUCAUCUUUCGUUUUCCUUAUAUUUUGCUUUUUUAAAGAUCCACAAUAAUUAUCCAACAUGUCUCUUAUGCAAUUUAGUACCUUAAUAAGAUAAUUGGUAAGGUACUAAAUUGGUAAGAUUGGUAAGAUGGGUAAUUUCUGUUUUGAAAAGUUAAAAGUUCUGAAAAAGUCUGUUGCGAUUAUAUGCAUUGUAAUAAAUUAGCUUUAAAAUUGUAAAUAUUGUAUUCUUAAGUUUAAAAGAAAAUUAAUAUUGAA